GUGGUUAGUGGUGGUGGUGGAGCCCUGUGGUGGAGCUAGCCAGCUGCGACUGAAAGCAGUGGAGGAUCUCGCGACGCUAGCGAACAUCGACAAAGAAGAGACAGUUUCGUGGCUCGUGCUGGGCUGCAGCGCCGAAUACCAGCCAGGACCUCGCAGUAUUAUUCGCAUGGCGUCUGGCAGGUGCUGAGCGUCGCUGACGAGGUCCGAGAGGCAUCAGCGCAGUCGUCUGGACACCCCCUGCCUCUCAUCGAAAGUCGAGAUCUGCAGGCAUCCUCCGCAUUCGCACCAGCUGGGGUCGUCCGCAUGGUGUUCAUGGUGGAUGUCCUGUGCCACUGAGGCUGAACUGCUCCUUGACAGCGUCGUUGGCUGAGUGCGAGCAUGGAGCCUCGGUUUGCGGGCUUCCCGACUGUCUGGGAGCCAUACACUGCUGACCGGUUGGUUGACCUCGCUGGUCGGCAGUGCCUCCAGCAGCUGUCUCAGCUGAUGGCUGUUGGGCCAGAGCUCAGGCUUCCAGCUCCAUUGUGUGAACGACUGUUGAAGCUGGCCGGAGACGAUGAUUACCCAGGCUGCACCUCUGCCUGGUGUUCACUCAUUGAGCUACUGGUUAUGGCACCUGAUCGCACCCGCUUGGAGAGGCUGCGGGUGCCACCGAAACGGCCAUUGAGCGAUGAUGAACUGGCAGCCCUGGCCGUGAUGCACCCGGUGCGGGAGCUGGAUCUCGGCAAGUGUGCGGGCCUGACUCCGCAAGUGCUUCCGCUGCUGGCGCAAGGCCUUGCAAUUUCUACGGGCACGCUGCAGUCCCUCACCAUGCCUCCGCACUUACUACAGCAGGAUGCUGGCUGGACAGGCCUUUCUUGGCUGUGGUCCCAAACAUCCUUGGAGCGCCUGUCACUCUCUCGAGCGGGACCACAGCUUUCAGCCAAUGCCCACUGGAAUCUCUUGCGGUCGCUGCGACAGCUCGACUUGUCUCACUGCAGCAUACCACAUGGGGAGAACCUCGCUGGGCUGGAAGCUCUCGCUCCAACUCUUGCUUGGCUCAGCUUGGCUGAUGUGCCAAAGUUGCACCUCGGGCUCGAGGUUCUGUGUCAACUCAAGGCCCUCAGGCACCUGGAUCUGUCGCAGAGCACUAAUAAACAGGGGCAGGGGUUCUAUCCCCAGCCAAAUAGUUGGCUCUCCAUGCUAGCCGAGUCGCUGCCUGAGCUCACCUCGCUUGACCUCUCGGGCACCAACUUGCCUGGCAAGGAACCGACCUAUGAUCAACACGAGACCCCUGGGACUGGGAUGCGGUCGUCAAUUGCAGGUCUUCAGUGCCGUGUGGAGCACCCCCUGGACUUCCUUGGGCUCCUGAACACGCCGUGUGAUGCUUGCUACCGCUCCAGCAUCCCUGCUCUCAGGGUGUCCGGGGAUGCCACGGAGGAGCAGGUGCUUGUGUCAGCACAGGCAUACCAGUCACGGCCCCUCAUGCUGCAGAAGGUGCUUAACGACCUCUUCCAUGUGUUCCGCUACGAGGCCUGUGACCACCCGCGCCUAGCGCUAGAUGUUGUGCUUUCGUCCAUGGCUCGGCACCCCAAUGACAAGCAUAUUCAGAUUGCUGGAAGUGCAUCACUUUUUUACCUGGUGAAAGGCGAGGAGAGGGCUAACUUUAAUGUCAGCAUUCGAAGGAAGAUCAUCAAGUGUUUGCUGGAUGCCAUGGGCUACCAUCGAAGUGAUACAACGAUGCUGCGAAAUGGCUGCCUGACCAUGAUUCACUUCAAAAUACCCCAGGAUGUGCUGUUUGACUAUGAGCGGUUGGUGGACAUGCUCCUGUUCAUAGUGUCCCAGUAUGACCAGGAUGAGUUUGUUCAGCGCAUUGGCAUCUACCUGCUCAACUCACUGGCCUGCCAGGUUGACGGUUGCCAGAAGCGCCUUGUCGGCGACAAGGGAGCCAUUGCGAUAAUGCUUCAAUUAAUUGACGGUCGACUGAGGACGCACACGUCCGAUGAGGUCAUGGAGACUGCGUGGAGCACCAUGUGGAAUGUUACUGAUGAAACACCAAUCAACUGUGAGAGGUUCCUGGAUGGUGGGGGAAUGACAUUGUUUCUUGAGUGUUUGAGGAUUUUCACGGACAAACCUGAACUGCUGCGCAACAUGAUGGGACUGCUGGGCAACGUGGCUGAAGUGCGGGAGCUCAGGCCACGGCUCAUGCAUGAUGAGUACCUGCUUGUGUUCAGUGAACUGCUGGACAGUGAAAGUGAUGGCAUCGAGGUGAGCUACAAUGCAGCCGGCAUCCUGGCACACAUCCUAUCAGAUGGGGCUGAGAGCUGGGACCAGGCUGCCAUCCAGGCUGUCUCACGUGGCCAAGUGCUGGUGCGCAUGCGGCGGGCCAUUGACCGCUGGGCACUGGUCACCAAGCGCAACAUCAACUACCGUUCGUUCGAGCCAAUCCUACGACUACUGCAGUGUGAACACACCCCAGAGGCCCAACACUGGGCUGUCUGGGCCCUGGCCAAUCUUACUCAAGUCUACCCUGGCAAGUACUGCCCCCUGGUGCGGGAAGAGGGUGGCCUCGAGAUGCUUGAACGACUGAUGCGGAACCCUAGGCCAUACCCACGUAUCCACGAGCUCGCCAAGCUCAUCAUUGAUCAGUGUGUCAAUGGGGUCUAUCAAGUGGAGUGGUGCUUCAAGACUGGAAAGUGGGCAUGGGUUAACCUCAUCCAGCAACCAGACUGAGCAUGGCGAUUCAAUGUUCCUGGAAGAAGAGACCGCGUGACAGAGAGCCCCUGUGUUGGGUCGCCAAAAAGAUUUGCAAUAAACGCUGCUGCAGCGAGUUGCAGCGUCUUCGCACCAUAUGUGUUCUCUUCAA